AUUUUAUUAAUUUGAAAAUUUAAUUGAUAUGAAAAAAAAAAAAUAUGAAAAAAAUGUAAUACAAAAAUUGUAAAACAAGAAUCGAAGUAAGAACUCGAUUAAAACGAUAGCAGCAUAUCGCUUUUGUUUUGCCUUGUCUGACAUUUUUAGUUUUAUUAAAUUUUUAUCCAAAGGCAACGUUUUAAUUAGGUCAAAGUGUAAUGUAAUAACGAGGAAAACUCAAUUAGUUAUUCAACAUCAUAACGACGAAAAGAAAGAAGAGAAAAACAAAAAAUACGCAAAGUAGCAUCGACUGCCAAACAUCAAAGGAUAUCAUCAAUUUAUAUCCUCCAUUUCUUUUCCUACUUUUAAUGUUCCUCCAUUUUAAAUGAAUGUGAAUAAACGAGCAAAAAUACCAAUUAUAAAAUGCGAUCAAUACCAGGAAUCGCAAAUAGAUCAAGAAAAAUUCCAGAAAGAAGAGAAUUAUUAUGGCUAUGCGUUGGACACGCUUCCGCCGGAAGUUUUGGAAAUGAUUCUUCGAUUACUUCCUCUUCAUGAUGUAGCCACUACCGUGCGUUUGGUUUCUAGACAUUGUUCAACGGUAGCGGCUGCAGUUUUAAAUGGAGCUUUUCUCACCGCUUGCACGAAAGUAGAAGGAUUGAUAAGACGUAACGAAGAACUAAUGAAAAAUGCAAAAACAGAUACCGAAUUAUUGGCUUAUAGCAAAGCUCUGAAUGCUCUGGAAUUGAUCAAAGCGCAAUAUAAAAUGUUACGAGCCGUGACGUGGAGAUAUACACAUCCACCAUCAAAGCAACAAAAAUUCUCGCGACUUUGUUUCUACGCGGGCAGUUUACUUGACAACCUGAACGAACUUCUUAACCGAAUUGCAAAUUAUCACCCAUCUAUUAUUGGUCCUCGUACCUCGGAAUCGAGUGUCACUUCUUUUAUAGCCGUCUGUAAACGAUUUAUGAAUUUUUUCGAAAAAGUCUCUGAGCGCAGGGUAAACAGAUCGGCCCUAAUCUCCGGAUGCAAGGUCGUAGAUGUUUUGGAUUGUCUCGUAGAAGGUCGACAAGUACUAUUUUUCAAAGUAUCGUCUAAUAGAAGAGGUCUCGGUGGAGCUGUAAGCAUGAAACUGAAAUACACAAUGAAACGUGCUUGGUUUACCUGUUUAGAAGUUACAAAAAAUACCGAAGAAAACUCUUGGAGGGACGAACAACGUUUUAUGUAUCUUCGAUUACGACGUCUAGUGGGUAGUGUGAACGAGCAUCUCUUCGAGAAUUUACAUUACGAACACGAACUACUCUUACAGAUUCCUUUGACACUUCCAUUAAGACCUCCACCAGCUUCCACUUACUCGGGAUAUGGAGAAUACGGUGGACGUUUCUUUUACUAUGGAAAUAUGAAUAAAUACGCAUAUGAAAGUAAAUUCAUGCAUACAGUGAGCACGGCAAAUCUAACAGUCGAAACUGAACAGCAGGUCCAGAGACCACCGUCAUUUGAUCUAGUGAUUGAGGUUGAUUUAAAGUGCACACCAGAAUUAGCGCCACUUGCUGUCAGAUCGAUUUUAAAAUCUGAUGAAUUUGAAACCAAUGAAUCUAAAACACACAAGAAUCAGCAGCUCUAUUUACGAAUGAAUGUCAUAUGCUCAGCGUCGAUAGCUAAUAGAUUACCUGGUAAUUUUGUGUGGGAAUUGCGUAGCCCACGACAUGUAUGUCAAAAUUUGUGAAUUACCUCGGUUUUUACAUUAAAAUAUUACACUAUAAAAUAUUGUAAGCACAUACAUUCGUAAUCAUAUACACGUACACAUAUAUA